CCUCUCAAGGGAAGUUCUACAACUACAUUAAUCCUACCUUGUAACAAGUUGUAUUUGAAUGUUACAGAAGAGAACUCGCAAAAACAAGUUGAUGAUUUGGGAAGUCGGUUUACAGAAGUUUUCAUUAAACAGUCAGAAAACAUCACCCUCCUGUUGACCCUUUUAGAGGAAUUUGACUUCCAUGUUCGCUGGCCUGGAGUGAAACUACUUACAUCACUGUUAAAGCAGCAAGGACCUCAGCUGCAGCAGAUAAUUCUUGUCAGUCCCAUGGGGGUGUCAAGACUCAUGGAUUUACUGGCAGACUCAAGGGAGGUUAUACGGAAUGAUGGGGUCUUGUUGUUACAGCAAUUGACAAAAAGCAAUGCAGCCAUUCAGAAAAUUGUUGCUUUUGAAAAUGCCUUUGAGAGACUUCUGGAUAUCAUAACAGAAGAAGGGAACAGUGAUGGAGGAAUUGUGGUGGAAGACUGUCUUCUCCUUUUACAAAAUUUGUUAAAGAACAACAAUUCCAAUCAGAAUUUUUUUAAAGAAGGUUCAUAUAUUCAGCGUAUGAAGCCUUGGUUUGAAGUUGGAGAUGACAACUGUGGUUGGUCAGCACAGAAAGUAACUAAUCUUCACCUAAUGCUGCAGCUUGUGCGGGUGCUAGUGUCCCCUACAAACCCUCCUGGAGCCACCAGCAGUUGUCAGAAAGCAAUGUCCAACUGUGGAUUAUUACAGCAGCUUUGCACAAUCCUCAUGGCAACUGGAGUUCCUGCUGACAUUUUGACAGAGACCAUUAACACAGUGUCAGAAGUUAUUCGAGGAUGCCAGAUGAACCAAGAUUAUUUUGCCUCAGUAUAUGCACCUUCAAAUCCACCAAGGCCUGCAAUUGUAGUACUUCUGAUGUCAAUGGUAAAUGAAAGGCAACCGUUUGUGCUGCGCUGUGCUGUUCUUUAUUGUUUCCAGUGUUUCCUGUACAAAAACCAAAAAGGACAAGGAGAAAUUGUCUCAACGCUUCUACCAUCCACCAUUGAUGCUACAGGUAAUUCAGUCUCAGCUGGCCAGUUGCUCUGUGGAGGACUCUUUUCUACAGACUCUCUCUCAAAUUGGUGUGCUGCUGUGGCCCUGGCCCAUGCUUUACAAGAAAAUGCAACUCUGAAAGAACAACUGCUAAGAGUUCAGCUUGCAACAAGCAUCGGUAACCCACCCGUGUCUCUGCUCCAGCAGUGCACCAACAUUCUGUCACAGGGAAGCAAGGUGCAGACAAGAGUUGGAUUACUAAUGCUGCUUUGUACCUGGUUAAGCAGUUGCCCAAUAGCUGUCACACACUUUCUCCACAACCCAGCUAAUAUUCCAUUUUCAUCCUUAGCAAGAAUUCAGCUCACAGGACAGAUAGCUGAAAACCUUGGAGAAGAAGAGCAUUUAGUCCAAGGCCUGUCCGCUCUUCUGCUGGGCAUUUCCAUUUACUACAACGACAAUUCCUUGGAAAACUAUAGCAAAGAGAAACUAAAGCAACUGAUAGAAAAGAGGAUUGGCAAGGAGAAUUUCAUUGAGAAACUAGGCUUCAUUAGUAAACAUGAACUGUAUUCCAGAGCUGGUCAGAAGCCUCAGCCAAGUUUUUCUAGCCCAGAUCACAUGAUGUUUGAUCAUGAAUUUACUAAACUGGUAAAGGAACUGGAGGGUGUCAUAACAAAGGCUAUUUACAAGUCUAGUGAAGAAGACAAAAAGGAAGAGGAAGUAAAGAAGACGUUGGAACAACAUGACAACAUUGUGACUCAUUAUAAACAAGUCAUUAGAGAGCAGGAUCAGCAGCUUGAAGAAUUAAAGCAACAAGUUAAUUCCUUAAAAUCUCAAAAUGAACAACUUCAGGCAACACUUACACAGCAAGUGUCACAGAUCCAGCAGCACAAGGACCAGUAUAAUCUCCUUAAAGUACAGCUAGGAAAAGAUACUCAGCAUAACAGUUCCCACAGUGAUACGCUACAGAUGAAUGGCAUUCAGCCUGAAGAAAUCGGCAAAUUGAGAGAGGAAGUAAAAGAAUGGAAAAAUAAGCAUGACCUGUUGCAAGGGCAGCUGAGAGAAAAGGAUUCUGUGAUUGAGAAAUUGAAGUCUUCGCAGUUAGAACCAGGAACAGAACAGUUUUCUCAGGCAAAUAAAUAUGGUGGUUUGGAGCAUGAUAAUGACUUGCAGAAGGAACUAGAAACAUUGAGGACGCAAGUACAGUCACAGUGCACAGAAAUAUCUAAACUUCACACUGAGAAGCAGGAGCUGCUACAACAAAUGAACAUGACUACAGUUCCCAUAUUGGGAGAUGGUGCUAUGCCAGCAGCAAAGAACACAGAUUUGGAGGGAAGGCUAUCACAGGAGAUAAAGGAAUUGAAGAAUGAAGUUAAAGCUCUCUCUGAGGAAAAAGCAACCCUGAAACAGCAGCUGGACUCAUCCAACAGUACAGUUGCCAUUUUACAAGAUGAAAAAAGCAAGCUACAGCAAGAAGUGGCAGAAUCAAAGAAAGAACAGGAUGAUCUCUUGGUGCUUCUGGCUGAUCAGGAUCAGAAAAUAGUUAAACUAAAGAGUACGCUCAAGGAACUUGGUGAACCGGUUGAAGAUGAGGAUGAUAUUGAAUCUGGAGACCAAGGUGAUGAAGAUGAAGAUGAGGAUGGAGAAGAGGAAGAGCAAGAUGAAUAGUGCUUUAGUAUUUCACCAUCAGAAAACUAGAGAUUGCAUUAAUAUGAAAAUAAACUAAUGCUGUUGGCCUACAAACAACAGCUACGUUAUUUAAGAAAGCAGGUGGGAAAAUAACUACAGGACUAGUUCCAAGAUACUGAAGGAAAGCGUGGGAAAUCUUCAUUAUAGCUGAAAUUUAACAUCACUUAAAAUUAUACAUAAGCAUCCCAAAUUGGAAGAAUUUAGAAGCUGCUUUAGACGCUGUUUAAAGCACAGGGGUAACAAUGCUACUGCCUUAGUUCAUUGUCAUUUACAGAAGUUCUGUGCAUUUGUCUACAUUUUACUUUCUUUUGGAACUCUUAACAUAAUUAAAUACAUAUGUAUUUGGUUUAACAUUUGUUGGAUGGAAUCGUUGCUUCUGCAUUCAGCAGGGAGCUCAUCAUCAUAACUCGUGGCUUUUGUUAAGUUAAAUGGCUAUGUUGAAGGGGCAGGGUGGGUGCAUCUGGUAUUGUACACACCAUUGGCUACCUGUUGAACUGACUUUAAAAAUGAAUGGAAGUGUACAGUGUAGAGUGCCUUGACACCUGAACUAGCUGCAUUCUGUACCUCAUUGAAGAAACUCAAGGAAAUUGCAGCAUUAAGCUGACAGCAUGGAGGAGGUUUCAUGGAAAUCUGCAACAGUGUGGUAGCAUUUUUAAGCUGAACGUCUUUGCUUUGUUUUUUGGUUUUCUCUUUUUAAAGCAUAAGAGAUUUAAUGUACUACCAGGUCAUCAUAUAAAAACAAAUCUGAAUAUUUGAGUCAGAAGAAAACACAUCUGUGAUUUAUAUAAUUUAUUGGCUCGUUUGCCGAACAGAGAUAAAAGAUCAGAUUUUAAAAAAAAUCAAAAUGAUUACACUUAAUGCAUCAAUUCAUGUUUUGGUAAUAAAAAUAGUUAUGAUGUUCAUUUAA